AUGUACAGGAAUACCGAUAAUUUCGCAUUGCUGCUGUCUGGUUUGGAGAUUAAAAGAAUACAGAAAACCAGACUGGCAAGAGAUUUCUAUGUGGAUGCAUCUGGUGGAUCAGACCGAAUAGGAAACGGGACAAAGGAGUCCCCGUUCUCCUCGAUUGGAAUGGCAUUGGCUUGGAUUCAACCUUUGCAUACUAUUUAUGUGUCGGACGGUGUCUACUGUGGAUAUAACAUGAAUAGUAAGAUUGUCGAUUCAGUGUCGAUCGUUGGUCAGUCUUCGGGUGGCACCGUGCUCAAUGGUCUGGGAAAAAUCUACCCUUUCAAGGUGACAGGAACCAAUCUAAUAUUCAAAGUCUCGACACUCUCGAUUGUCUAUUGUUACACCAGCAACAGUACUUAUGGUGGCGCUAUCAUUCUUUUGAACGGUGGAAACAACACUGGUGUCUUGGAGAAUCUGCUGCUGUAUAAUAACGCUGACUUUUCCAAUCGUGGUUCUAUCACUCUGCGCGAGAAUGCUUCACUCAACAUCACCGGCUGUCAAUUUAGAAACAAUUCGAAUUCCGAUUACAACCAGAAUCCGACGAUCGGUGUUGCCAGUCUUUCCAACAGCCAUGUCGUCACCUAUUUGAAUAUCUUUAACAGCGUUUUCAACAACGAUAACAAUUAUCUAUAUGUCGACUUUGCCAGUUCGAUUGUGAUCGAUUCAUCGGUGUUUAUUGGUAAUCACGAUGAUUUGAAUUCGUGUUCCUGUUCCAUUUUCAGAUCGAAUCUGGUUAUUAGGAACUGCAGUUUUUCGGAAUCGUUGUCCGGUCAGAUCUGUCUUACCAAUUCAACGAGUUAUGUUAGCAACUCUUAUUUCAAAGAUAACUAUUUCAACUUUUAUGCCACUCAGAGUACGCUAGAGGUUCAUAACUCUGAGAUUCACUUUAUGCACUCCAGCCAAGGUGGAGUCAUGAUGCUUUCGAAAAACUCGUAUGCUCAUCUCUACAAUUGCAGUGUUUCUUCGACAAGUGUCUACACCUCGCCCAAUCUAAUGUUCUCAAUGUCGCAGUCUACUUUGCUUGUCAACAGCUCGUUGCUAGUCGGUGGAAAGGGAACCAUGUUCAGUACACUACAAGGUGACUUGCAGUUGGUUGAUGCCAUCAUCAGGGAUACUCAAUGUCUAUUGAUAUCGGCAUCGCAAACCAAAAUUAGGCUGUCAAACAGCCAGUUUUUAAAUUCCACCUACUUUGACGAAGUUUUCAAAUUCAAUACUAUUCUCGAGCAGUACAAUGGUGCAUAUGUUUUAAUCAUCGAUUGCCUAUUCCAAGAUAUUUAUGGUUACAUCAAAGCCGUCAAUUCACGAUUGAUUAUUCACAACUCUAAACUUAUCAAUUCCGGAAAGUUCUUUGACAUUGACAAGUCCACCAGCUUGAAUCUGGAGGACUGCCAAUUCAUAUCAAACUUUGGACCGAUCUUUGUUUUGAAUGGCCCGAGGGUUCAUUUUUUCAAUUGUACGUUCCAGUACAACUAUGGAUCGGAGGGUUCCAUUAUACAAGGCAGUAAUAAUUUAUUCUUGGAAGCUGCCAACUGUACCUUUGAAAGCAAUAUUGCACUAUCGCAGGGCGGUAUUGCUGUCAUCGGUGACCAAUCCACUCUAAAUUUCCUAUUUUGUACAUUCCGUAACAAUACCUCUCUUUAUAAUGGUGGAAUUAUCUAUGCUGGAUCGCUCAACACCAUCCUAUUCUACUUUACCAUACUCGAUAGCAAUACCGCAAAGAAUGGAGGUGGCUCCAUUGUUUAUUUCAUCGAGAAGCUACCGAUAUUCGGAAACUGUACACUUACCAAUAAUAAUGCAUAUUUUGGUGGAAUCAUUGCAUCGAAUCCGACACAUCUGCAGCUUGCCAGCGGCGAAUUUCCAAGUGUGAUUGUUUCAAGGGAAACCAUAUUUUCCGGUAUCAUUAGAAUUGGUAAUAACUUGAAUCAAAUCUAUCCAAACCCAAGUUACAAUCACCUAAGAGUAUACCUCAUGGUGAAUGGAAAUACAAUUGCAACCGUACCUUUUGAAGAUGGUUAUGCCAAUUUCACAAACAUAGUUAUCUAUGGUCAGGUUGGAGGUUUUUCAACAGUCAUUUUUUCAUGUAACGAAAGUUCUUUGGAACCACUUACCAUACCUUACAAUGUAACUAUUAUGCCUUGUAACCCUGGAUACUAUCCCAUUGAUUCAUCGACAAAGUGUGCGGAAUGUCCACCUGGAAGCUAUGGAUACAAUGGAAAUAUUUGCAUUUCAUGUCCACAGAAUGCAUUAUGUGAAGGUGGUGAUCAAGUUUCAACGAGACCAGGAUAUUGGUUUGAUGAAAAUCAAUUUCCAAGAGUGAUUUAUGAUUGUGAUCAAUCAUCACAUUGCUUGGCAAAUAACACGUGUCUUGAACAUACAUUUGGUGUUCUUUGUUCAUCGUGUAACAACACCGAACAAUAUUAUUCAUGGUUUGGAGGUUGUAUCGAAUGUACUCAGACCAACAAACUGGUAAUUGCUAUUGUUAUCAUUGGAAUGAUUCUCCUCGUUCUUUGGUCACAUAAAUCAGAUUCAUCAUCAGGUCUGAUGAAUAUUGUUGUCUAUUUCGCACAAACAAUCAUGGUACUUUCGAAAGGUGUUAAUUUCAGUAUUCUUUCACUCCUGAAUCUCCAAUUGGAAAGUGGAGGAUCAUCAAUCAUUGGAUCGAUAUGUCCAGGACCAUUCGAUUAUUAUGAAAGGCAUUAUAUGACAUUCCUUGUUUUCCCAGCAGUAAUUUUCAUUCUCCUCAUUUUCACAUUAAUCAUCACGAUUAUCAGAAAGUUUAAACCGAAUGACCAACCAAUAUUUCCAAGACAAUUUGGAUCGUUUGUCAAGUUAUUGAUGAAUAUUUAUUCACCAAUCAGCACUGCAACAUUUACAAUAUUCUUUUGUCAACAAAUUGGAAUUGGUAACUCGGUUUUAGUCACAGAUUCAUCGGUUCAAUGCUCUGGAAAUCAAUAUCGAACAGCACUCAAAAUCAGUUAUUCAAUGUUGAUUGUUGUUCUUGGAAUUCCAAUGAUUAUUUUCAUCUUAUUAUUCAAGAAUCGAAAACACAAUAACGAUGCAUCAAUCAUUCGAACAUAUGGAGCGUUCAUCUUGAAAUACAAAACAUCAUAUUAUUAUUGGGAUGUAAUAUUAUUAUUCAGAAGAUUGGUGAUUGUAUUGGUAUCGAUUAUGGAUCAAGACACACCAAUCAGAUCAUUCCUUUUGAUUGGAGUAUCACUGAUCAGUGUUCUUCUUCAAUUGAAACAUUCACCGUUCAUCAGUGAAGGUGAUAAUCAACUUGAAUUGGUAUCACUGAUAUUGAUAUUCAUUUCAUGUAUUUACCUUGGAAAUGAAAUUGAAUCAUAUCUUGAAGAUUGGAUCAUCAUCGUUUGUUUCAAUGAAAAUGAAGAGAUUGAUUAA